UUUCAUUCGCGUGUAUGUCUACCUAUUUAUGCACGUGAUGUGCUCGACUCUGCGCGUCAGUCGCAGCGUUUUCCUCCCCGGUGGAUCAUACAUGUUAGCUGUUCUUCGUACGGUACUUCGACAAACAACGGGCUAUCACGGCGACUAGUAUCCGAAGCUUUUCAUCAUUCUUCCUCUAUAAUCACAACGCUUGCAUUGUCCUCAGAGGACCUUGGCCGAGCUAUACAUUUCUGUCGACAACAAGAAGACGACACUUCUGGAAGGGCCUUUGACCCCCCUUUUCGCGCAUGCAUCUCCUCCAAGCAGAACACGAGGCCCGCCUAGUCAUUAUCGCGCUACACGUGCCCUUUGUGCAACAUGCCUUGCGCAUGUUGAUGCAUCGUGGGGGACGAGGGGCAAAGGGUCUGUGCGUAUCGCCCAUCUUGCUUUCUCCCUUGACAUCGCGCGCAUCGACCUUUGACGUCGACCGUAUCGACCUUGACAUCCCCCUCAUCUCUCGCCAAAUAUCUCCGCCAUCCGACCCAAGAUCUCGCCCCCCCCCCUCAGCACGGCAGCGAGACACCGACAGGACGCACGACAUGUCCGUCAACGACUUCAACCUCGCCUUCUGCGGCCUCGCGACCGCCGCGGUCGGCCUUGGAUAUGUUUGCGGUCGUCGGCUCUCGGGCAGCAGAAGCCCCCUCCCAGCCGACUUGCACGCGAAGAAGACGCCGAAAGAGCUGGAGGCUGGCCUCCCGGCUACCGAACCCUCCGUCGGCCAGAAGCGCAAGCGCAUGGACCACGACUUUGACGAAGUGAAAUCCGAUCUCGGCUACCCCCACGUGAGCUAGAGGGACUCUGCAGGGACGGGGAACGAGAGCUGAUGCGGACAUCGCGAAGAACUUGAAGCAGAUAUACCCCCAUAAGCGGAUUAGGACGCCGACGCCGCCACCUCAGGUGGUGCCUGAACCGUCGGUUGAGGCUCCCGUCUCCGCUGAC